AUAUCCUGGUGGUUUCUUCCUUUGGGUUUUACCACAAGCAUAGGAUAUAUAAUAACCGCGCACCCCAGCCAGUGGCAUCUAUCUGGUUUGAGAGGACAGAGGUUCUAAUCGAUUCGUGAACUGGUACAGACACACCUUCGUACGAGACGGAUAAUGUACCGCACCAACGACUACUCUCUCAAUAUGGAGGAUAAGGACGAUCUUCAAGUUGACUGCGCCGCGCAUGAUCCUCCAUCUGGCUAUAGCGCGAUUGCAAAUAUUCGCCCAGAACUGAAGAGGUUCAUUCAUCCCUCUAUGAAAACAGACGGACAGAGAGAGGAUUCUGGUAUAUAUUCAUUUGAACAGAGUUUGAAAUCGACAGACGAUAUCAGCGACAAUGACAUGGUGGACAGGUCAUUACUUGAGGAUAUUACCAAGAUGCAGAUUUCGGAGCCAGAAGUGAAGUCAGAAAACAAACAGUGCUUGGAAACACCACCAGAAGACGAUGGAUACCAUAGUAAAUCUAUCACAGACUUUCACACAACAUGGGGAGAAGAGUUUGGUCGGUCAGUUGAAGAAAUUAGAGGGCAUGUCUACUGUUUACCCGGGGUUUCACAUGAAGCGAGAGAAGCAUACAUGCAAGAUGACGAUGGCGACACACAACUUCACAUGGCAAUCAUUCAACUGGCGGAGUCAAUUGCACUGCAGUUGAUCAACUUGGCACCAAAUCAUGAAUGGUUAAACUUUGUCAACACUCUUCUUCAAACCCCACUUCACCUGGCUGUCAUCACAAGGCAAGAGAAGAUUGUCAGGCGGCUGAUGGCUGCUGGAGCUUCAGUGGAUGUUAGGGAUCUCCAUGGCAACACACCCCUUCACAUAGCAGCUCGUGAAGGUUACCACGAGAUUGUCAACCAUUUGUUGAAACCAGUAUGCUAUGAAGAAACACAAGACAACAAAUACGAAAUCCCUUACCAGAGAGUUCCACAGGACCUUGAAGCAAAGAACUAUGAUGGUCACACCUGUCUCCAUCUUUCAGCUCUAGGAACACAUACGAAGGUCAUGGAGUCACUCAUUAAAAAAGCAGCCAAAGUAAAUGCCCAGGAUGGCAAAAGCGGUCGCACUGUCCUCCAUUAUGCUGCUGAGACUGGCAACCGAAUUCUGCUGGAGUUUCUCUUGGGAUGCAAACGCCUCAACUUGGACAGCUGCACAUACGGUGGGCUGACCCCCAUUGUCCUAGCAGCAGGAAGGAAGUUUGGAGAUGUUGUCGGAAUUCUCCAAGCCCAUGGUGCAGAUUGUACCAGCUUGCAGGAGGACACAGAAGAUGAAGAUGAAGAUAUGAUUGACGAUUUCUGCAUAGCUGGUGAGCCUUUGUCGUUGCGAUAGAGAAAAAGCUGACUUCAAGAGUUGGUAAAUUUCGAGAUUCUCAUUUCGAUGAGUAAACCAUCUUCACUACCCUUGUGUAGUGGAUACAACUGACCCUCUUAGGCCCGGCCCUAAUGAUGUUAGGGCCUGUCUGAGAGUGAGUUAUUUGUGGAACAACAACAGCCACUGAGGGGCCACCUUACUGACGACAAAUUAUGCCAGGGUUCUUCUCAAAGUUGAGGUUCCGAGAAAUGAAGGACUCCCAUAGACAAUUGAAACAUUCUGAAAGCAGUUGAUGUCGAUAGAUACUCGCCAUCUGGGUGUUACGGGUCCAACACCAGGCGUAAUUCCGUUCAGCGCCACCUACAUUCAACCAGUUCAUGUACAUUGGAUAGAAUGGCAGUGCAUAUCUUGGAUCUUUGAUUUUUCUUAAUGUUCUAAAUACUUCUUUUUGUUGUGAAUAUUACUUUAUUCAUAGAUGAUUUGGUGGAAGGAAAACAGUAUAUCAUAACACUGUCCCCAAAGCAUGAUGCUCUUUUCGCAGAGGGUUCAAAGGAAUGCUUUCCCCAUCGUAAAUAUUGACUAGCUCAACGGGUCAAUAAGCGCUUAGGAAAUAUGGACAGUGUACAUACUCUUUCAUUGAUCAAAGAUGUAGCUUGAAAUUUGUCUUUCAAAUUUCAGAAAUAUAUUUGAACUGACAAGACAAAUUGAAAGUCAAAGUUAAGAUAGGUAUUUUUGAUAGAUUGUCACUGGCAGUUAAUCAUGGCUGUUGCAGACACUUUUGAGAAAAUACCCAUCAACUCAAUUUUAAAACACUUAGCUGAUAUUCUUUUCAUAUGUUUAAUGAUCCACCAGAACCAAAAUGACCACAGAAAAUAGAUUUGUAAAUUUAUUUGAUUUUCACUACCACUUAAUUUUGAGCUACAAUUUGAUGAGAAUGGCCUCAAAAUUGAUAAGAAAAAGUAAGUUAACUAACUGAAUGCUAAGUCCAAAGCAUACAUCCUGUCUAUUAUUGAUAAGAACAAAAAAACGUUUUGACCCCAGUAAAUAGAUGAAUAACUUCCUUAUAUCUCCACCUAAAUCAACACCUGCAAACAUCUUAUAUGUUAAACAAAAUAUCAUAAUUUGUUAGGGAAAAUCAUAUGGAUAAAGUUAUGUACAAAAUGUUCACAAAAGUAAAACAAUUCUCAAAGAUCCAAGAUUGUGCUGACUGAAACUGUGUAAUAAGUUUGGUAACUGGUUGAUGUAGCGAUGUAUUGCUUUUGUAAAUAUAUUGUUUUUGUUAUGUAGAUUAGUUGUGUAUAUAAAAUUUAAAUUAUUUUUAAUAAAAUAUGAAUUAUAUA